UAAUGUGGGGAAAAUUAUAAAUCUUUCGCAAGCAGACGUCAGCUCAGUAACUGAAUUGUAACCCUAAUAUUGUGGAUUUCAACUCAAUUCUCAAUCGGUUCUUAAGUGACUUUUCCAGAAUGGAGAUCACCCAGGUGCUUUCGUGCAUAGUAGUUGGUUUGACUGUGGUUGUGUAUCUUGCUCAUAAAUGGAAAUACAGAAACAUCAGAGCCAUUCCCGGUGCCGAGCCCGAUUAUCCUUUGCUGGGAAAUAUACCGCUGCUAUGGAAGAAGGAGAAUGCCUACCAGAAAAUUUUCCAAACCGAGUAUCGCAUGUCAAAAAUAUGGUUGGGCCCCGUGCCGCUCAUCAACGUGCAACACCCAGAGCUGGUGCAGAAAGUGUUGACCGAAUGUCUCGAUAAACCAUUCCCGUACGAUUUUCUGGAGCUCAAAUUUGGAUUGCUAUCUCAACGAAAUAGCAACGUAUGGCGGGAGCAUCGGAAAACGUUAAGUCCUCUUUUUAACUCCAAAAUUCUAAACAGCUUCAUCCCCGUAUUUGAAAGGGCGACCAACGACAUUCUGAAGCGGCUGGAAAAGGUAUCUGAUGGAAGAGAUUUUGAUGUGUUAGAGUAUACCAGUUACUGCACUGCCCAGAUGGUAUACGGCACGAUGGUGAAGAAUGAAGAUGUGUCGGAGGAGAAAUAUCACUCGGUGACUAGGAAUUUGGAGAUCAUUCUGGGUGCGGUGGGGAAACGAAUCAUGAAUGGUGUGUAUGCUCUGAAAACUUUGUACAAAAUGAGUGCACUAUACCGAGAAGAAUGGCGCUCCAGAAAGAUAUGCUACGAAACGGUGAAUGAUGGCAUCAUGCAAAUCCGAAUGAAUAUCCUCAGCGAGCAGAGUGCACCCGCUGCAGCUGACAGAGAGGACCCAUCAAAGUCGAAAGCCUUCGUCGAACGAUUGCUCACCAUUCAGCAUAAAGGGCGUAGCUUCACUGACGAGGAAAUUAUCAAUCAUGCUUACACGAUGUUGGUUGCUGGUUACGAAACAUCAGCUUUGCAACUGGCGAAUACCUGUAUGAUGUUAGCGAUGCAUCCGGAAAUACAGGAAAAAAUCGUCCAUGAGAUCAAGACGGUGUUUCCAAAACCAGACUCUGCAGUCACACCGGAAGCGCUCAAAGAUCUUCCAUAUCUGGACAUGACAAUAAAUGAAACUAUGCGGCUCUAUCCGGUGGUACCGCUAAUUGCACGACAAAGCUCCAGUUCUCUCGAAUUGGAUGGAGUGCAUAUUCCCAAGGGAACGUGCUUCAUCGUGAACAUUGGUGCAAUUCACAGGCGGAAGGAGGUCUGGGGAGCGAAUCCGCUUGAAUUCAAUCCAGAAAACUUUCUACCCGAGCGAGCCGUGAACCGACAUCCGUACGCCUUCAUUCCGCUCAGUGCCGGUCCUAGAAGCUGUCUUGGCUACCGGUACGCUAUGAUUUCGCUGAAGGUCGUUCUAAUCCGCCUAUUACAACAGUAUCGAUUGAGCACCAAAUUGACUCGAAAAGAUUUAAAGUUCAAAUUUCAAGUCACUUUGAAGCUCAAAAUACCGUAUACGAUACAAAUAGAGAGUAGGAAUCUAUACGAGGAACGAGCAGGAGCUGGAGCCUCGGCGUUAUUUUGAUAUGAUUGUCAUUUAAGCUGUUGGAGGAUUUAGCAAAUUUGGCAAUAAAACAGACAUAAAAUUCAGCUUAAUAGGGUUUGUUUUCACCACUGCAUUUUUUUAUUCCAAUUAUUUGCAUUGAAAUGAACCAUUGAAAGUUAGUCAAAGAGAUCUAUCACAUGGCAUGGAUUUCAUAAUCGAUUAUGACUGUUAAUAUUAGGUU